AGAAUGGCUCCUGGAAAUAGUUCUUUUGUGGCUGCAUUCAUACUGGUGGGACUAACAGACCUACCAGAUCUCCAGCUCCCCCUGUUCUGCCUGUUUCUAGUCAUGUAUGUGGUCACCGUUUUGGGAAAUUUAGGCUUGAUAACUGUAAUUGGGCUGAAUUCACACCUGCACACUCCCAUGUACUUUUUCCUCUUCAAUUUGUCCUGCAUAGACUUCUGUUAUGCUUCUGUGUUUACACCCAAAAUGCUGACUCACUUUGUAUCAAAGAAGAAUAUGAUCUCCUAUAUGGGAUGCAUGACUCAGCUUUACUUUUUCUGUUUCUUUGCUAUUUCUGAAUGCUAUGUGCUGACAUCAAUGGCCUAUGAUCGCUAUGUGGCCAUCUGCAACCCACUUUUGUAUAAUGUUGUCAUGUCCCCUAGAGUGUGUUCCAGCCUUAUACUUGGUUCAUAUUUGAUGGCAUUUUCGGGUGCCAUGGCCCACACGGGAUGCAUGCUGAGACUGACCUUCUGUGAUGCAAACACCAUCAACCAUUAUUUUUGUGACAUCCUCCCCGUGCUCCAGCUCUCCUGCACAAGUACCUACGUGAAUGAGCUGGUGGUUUUCAUCGUGGUGGGCAUCAAUGUGAUUGUGCCCAGUGUCACCAUCUUUGUGUCUUAUGGUUUCAUCCUCUCCAGCAUCCUCCGCAUCAGCUCGACCGAGGGCAGGUCCAAAGCCUUCAACACCUGCAGUUCCCACAUAAUUGCUGUUUCCUUGUUCUUUGGAUCAGGUGCAUUUAUGUAUCUUAAACCAUCUUCUGCUGGGUCUAUGGAUGAGGGAAAAAUAUCAACUAUCUUUUACACCAAUACAGUCCCCAUGAUGAACCCUUUCAUUUACAGCUUGAGAAACAAAGAUGUUAAACUUGCUCUGAGAAAAACUCUGAGUAGGAGAAGGUUCUUCUCAGAUAGCAUCUCUAGUUGA